AUGUCUCAAAAUCAAGACUCCAGCGCAGACACGAGCGGAUCUUCGGGUUCCACAGACGGCCAGAUAUGGCUAACGGGUCAGGAAGCACCUACCAAACCAGAUUCAUACUUUAAGGAGUCGUUCGAGCCAUCCACCGACUCCGGAGCACCAUCUUUGAGCGUAUACGUCGAUUAUGCCAGGUUUUCGGACUUGGGCGACAGUUCUGACCACUCUGAAGAUAACCAUGAGCACAGCGAACACUCGGAGAUUUUCGUACAAGAACCCCCAACAACAUCAACCCAUGGCACCUCGAGAGGUAUUGCUAUGAAAGUUAGUAGACAAGUUUUGCAAAGUCCAGGGUUUCCUGUUCGUCUCCGAAACCAAAGCACCGACACUGUUAGCACGGACUUUCUCGAUGCUUCAGAUAAGUCAAGUGGCACUAGAAGCCGUGUUUUGAGCGGAGAUAGCUCAAACAGAGGCUCUGGAAACAAUGACAGUUGGGGAAACGAUCUGCCUCUCAGACGCUUGAAGCACAUGCCUCCGGAUCUUGAUCGCGAUAGCCGAAGAACCAUAUCUACCUCACUGCUCGAGGCGGACAGCAUCAGAAGAUCUUCCAACAUAUCACGACCAGAUGCCAGGUCAUCAUCUCAUUAUGGGGAAGACAAUGCCGCCAACAUAGACCUAUCAACGCCCAUAGUUCCUGUUUACCACGAAAUUAUUGAAGCUAGUGAUGAGGAAAGUGACAAGAGUCAUGAAAAGGGUUCGAAUCCAUCAAUCGAGGAAGCUGUGCGAUUAUUUAGACAGGAAGCAUCCUUUGUUCCUAUUGCGCAGCUCACAGAUCCAAGAACCGCUACAGCACCGUCAAGUACAGUCUCGAAGAAGCCUUCACAGAGCUCUUUGCAGAGUCACGUAAGUGACCGCACAUCGCAGUACUCUCAAACGCGAAAGGCAAGAAGGGGUCCCCGACAUUCAUCUCUGCUAACCUCAAUAUUAGUGGCGCCGCAUCAGAAACCAGAAAAGCCACAAGCUGUGAUAGGGAGAACGCCUCAAACCAUACCUGCACUCCGAAAGCCGUCCGCGAGUACGCACAAUCCAAGGAGAGAUAAGUCUAAAGUACGAGAAGGACAAGCAGUGCUUCAAAAAGAGGUAGGUCCCGAUCCAGAAAAAGUCGCGAAUCCCUACAGAGACACCCACGAUGGCAGUCUGCAGCAGAUAUAUCAGUACCGGGAUGCUCUAGCAGGCAAAGAUCCAGAAAAACACCAAGGCUCCGGUCAGUAUAAUGAUACACCAUCAGAAUCGUCUUUUCAGUCGAGCGCUGGCCGAUACAAGCACAUGUUCAGUGUUUGGCGAAUACUUUGCGUCUUACUGGUUUGCGCUCUGAUGCCUCCAUUAUAUUUCAUAAUUGGGAUUGGACCACUGCGCUGUUUGCCGGAUAAGAAACUGAUGAAGAUGAUAAUGAACGAGCAGUACCGCAAGGGAAUCGCGGGAGGAUUUAUAUGGAACGUGAAUUUGCGAUGGUUUCGCAAUUUGUGCUUGUUUUUGGGUAUUUUGGAAAUCUUGAUAAUUCUGGCUUGCAUCGGAAUCGGGUUUGGCGUUGGGCUAUCGCGUCAAUGA